AAACUAAAAAACGAAAACUCUUACCCAAAAAAAGAAAAAACACCUUCCUAGUUCAUAGUACUAGUACUUCCUAGAAGGUUGAAACGCAGGAUUUCAACGACGAAACAGUAAAGCACAAGUACACAACUUUGUCACGUCACGUGUUUCACGCAUCCGCGUAAGCAACCAAAACAUGUCGACAAAAGCCACGUGUCACUAUGUCGACUUAAAAAAGUUACCAAUCAACGUCUCAAAACACGCCACGCAAAACAAAACCACACACACCCACCGAAUAUUCUCACUACCCAAAUUGUAAUAUCCCCUUUAUUUUGGUCCACGAUAAAUAAAUAAAUAGCAAAACAUUAAUUAAUUAAACAUUAAAUUAAGAAGAAAAAAAAACCCUCGCCGUGUGGUUCUUCGUUAUUCAAGGUUAAGACCGAUUUAGAUAAAACAAACAAAAACAUAUCCCAAAUUCUUCAUCCCAAUUCUAAUUCCCUUUCAGUAGCGUUCCAAUUCCAAACUCAUAAACGUAGAAUUUCUUGAAUGGAUUAUUCAUCAACCGAAUCAAAAUCAGUUAUAUCGUUAUUCUUCUCAAUUUCUAUACCCUUCAAUUCCGUUUAUUUUCGUCCUUGUAAACCUUAUUUUUGUUCAUCUUUGAUUUCAACAAAUUCUCAUUCAUUAUUCUAACAAUAGUAUUAAUCUAUUAACACAAAUAACCUAACCAGAAAGAGCCGUUACAAAGAGCUGUUACAAUGGGAAAACGUAAUUCGAGAACUAAAGCUGCUGCGAUGUUCGAUAGCGAUGAUGAUAGUAGCGUUACUUCAUCUUCAACUGCUCGAUCUGAUCUUAUGUCUGUGUCUGGUACCGAAGAUGUUCAAUUUGAUCAAGAAUCUGUACUUGAUCAAGCUCUCGAUGCAUUAGAUGAAAAAAGGGGUUCUACUAGGGAAAACGCUUUUUCGGCCAUAAUUGACGCCUUCAAGAGCAAUAUGCAACAUCAGUUUGUAGAAAAGAAAUUUGCUACUAUGUUACAUCAGUGUCUUGCUUCAAUAAAAAAGGGAUCCAAGAAGGCAUCUGCAAAGGAGAUAACUCUGGCAUGUCAUGCCAUUGGUUGCUUGACUUUGACAGUUGGAUGUAGUGAUAAUGCACGCGAGAUUUUUGAAGAAUGUAUUACUCAUUUGGAUGAAUCUCUUGCUAGAACUACAGAUGUUAUGAAGGCACCAUCAUUGCUGGACUGCUUGGCUAUAAUCACGUUUGUUGGUGGGAAUGAUCAAGAAGAAACAGAGCGAUCAAUGGACAUAAUGUGGCGAGUGAUCCAUCCUAAAUUAGGUUCCAAUGUAGUUGCGGUCAAACCGUCUGCUCAAUUAAUAACUGCAGUGGUAUCUGCAUGGUCUUUUCUCCUCUCCACUGCGGGAAAUUUGAAGCUGAAUUCAAAAAAUUGGCAAAGUUCAAUAACUUAUUUAUCCAGUCUUCUAGAUAAAGAAGACAGGUCAGUAAGAAUUGCUGCUGGUGAAGCACUGGCUCUCAUUUUUGAAAUUGGAGUUAUAGAUAAAUUUUCUACGGAGGCUAAGAAUGUAAAUGAUGUACCUCAAGAAGCGAGCAAACCACAAGAAAGUUACAUAUUUUUACAAGGAUUGAAAGGAAAAGUGAUAAACCAGUGCAAAAAUCUUUCUGCAGAGGCUGGUGGAAAAGGUUCUGCCAAGAAAGAUCUCAAUAGUCAGAGGAACCUAUUUAGAGAUAUCUUGGAUUUUUUUGAGGAUGGUUAUGCCCCUGAAAUUUCAAUGAAGAUUGGUGGUGAUUCUCUACAGACAUCGUCGUGGUCCCAAAUGAUACAGCUGAAUUUCAUCAAGCAUUUCCUUGGAGGAGGAUUCAUUAAACAUAUGCAGGACAAUGAGUUCCUGCAUGAUGUCUUUGGUUUCUCCCCCAAGAAAAAGUAUCUUGGCAAUGGUGAACAUAGAAUGUCUGGUGGUGAAAAGAGGUUGUUCAGGUCACCAAAUUCGGUUUUGAACAAGGCUAGGACCCAAUUACUUAAUAAGCAGAGGGUAUUAUCUGAGGGCAGGAACUUCGGCCAUUAUUCAGUGAAUAUGGAUGAGACAUAAGACAUAAGUUUGGAACAAAAAUAUAAUGUAAUGCUUUAUUUGGGGAUUCUACUAUUCAUUUGGACAUGUAUUUAUUGUGUCUGCCGGCAUUUUGUUUGACUUGAUCAAAUUGUUAAGUAGAUUCGUGUAAUAUGAUAAUACUAGUAUAUCAUAUUAUUAAGUAUACUACUAUAUGAACUAUACUACCUCUAUUUUAUUCCUCAUUAAAAAUACAUUUUAUGUCUCUUUCUAA